AAAUUCCAACUUGAUCUCCUUCUUUUAUAUACUCUGUUUUUUCUCUCUCUUCUGUGUUCCAAAGUUCCAACCUUUGCCUUAGCGGUUAAUGGUCAUAGGCUUGAAGCAAGCACCAUAGACGAAACUGAAAUCUAGUUCUGUAUUUGGAAGGGCACAUACGAACAUGUAUAUAUAAAUUUAUGAAAUUUUGAAUUGUGAAUUUGGAUUUUUUAGGGUUUUGGGAUGUCGUCGGUCGAGUAUUUACGUCCAACAAUCCACAGUAGGUUCUGCUUAAAUUCGAAUUCUAAUGCUUAUCACUGCCGCCAUGGAUUGGGCUUCGUUCGUGGCCAAGCUAGGGUUUUCAACCAGGAAGCGAGACGAGUUGUUUCGAAUACGCCGGCGUCCAAGUCAGUCGCGUUGUACGGACAGGGCAGAGCUGUGAGAGUUUCGGAGAGGUUCUGUCUCUGGAAGAGCCAUGGAGGGUUCAGGACGAUUAGGGUUUCGGCGAGUGGUCAGGACAACGAUUCAGGGGAGAAGAGCGAGGCGAAGGCGAGCGAGAGCCAAGGGGUGAACAACAACAAGCCCAAUUCGAGCUCGCCGGCUUCGAAUCGGCGGAGAGAGAGCCAAAAGAAAGCGAAUUGGUGGUGGUCCAAAGGAGGGAAAUGGCGGUGGCAGCCCAUAGUUCAAGCCCAAGAGAUUGGAAUCUUGCUCUUGCAAUUGGGUAUUGUGAUUUUCGUUAUGCGGUUGCUCAGACCUGGAAUUCCAUUACCAGGGUCGGAGCCGAGGACUCCGACGACGUUUAUUAGCGUGCCGUACAGUGAUUUUUUGAGUAAGAUUAAUAGUAACCAGGUGCAGAAGGUUGAGGUUGAUGGGGUUCAUGUUAUGUUCAAGUUGAAGUCUGAGCAGGGUGAGCAAGAAAGUGAAGUGAGUGGUGGGGUUAGUAAGUUUCAAGAUUCAGAGGCUUUGAUAAGGAGUGUGGCUCCGACGAAGAGGGUGGUUUACACGACGACGAGGCCAAGUGAUAUAAAGGCGCCGUAUGAGAAGAUGCUUGAGAAUGAGGUGGAGUUUGGGUCGCCCGAUAAGCGGACAGGUGGAUUUUUGAACUCCGCAAUGAUAGCUUUGUUUUACGUUGCUGUGCUUGCAGGGCUUCUGCACCGGUUCCCUGUAAGCUUUUCUCAGCACACAGCUGGUCAGAUUAGGAACCGAAAAUCUGGAGGCUCUGGCAGUGCUAAAGCAUCUGAACAAGGGGAAACAAUAACCUUUGCUGAUGUUGCUGGUGUUGAUGAGGCUAAAGAGGAGCUAGAAGAAAUUGUGGAAUUUCUUCGGAAUCCAGACAAGUAUGUACGACUUGGUGCUCGUCCUCCACGAGGAGUUCUCUUGGUGGGUCUUCCUGGGACAGGCAAGACUCUUCUUGCCAAGGCUGUGGCUGGGGAAGCUGAAGUGCCCUUUAUAAGUUGCUCUGCUAGUGAGUUCGUAGAGUUGUAUGUUGGCAUGGGUGCCUCUCGCGUAAGGGAUCUAUUUGCACGGGCCAAAAAGGAGGCACCGUCAAUAAUAUUCAUUGAUGAGAUAGAUGCUGUAGCAAAAAGUCGGGAUGGAAAAUUCCGUAUUGUCAGCAAUGAUGAGCGAGAACAAACCUUGAAUCAGUUGCUCACUGAGAUGGAUGGGUUUGACAGCAAUUCUGCGGUUAUUGUCCUUGGAGCAACUAAUCGCUCAGAUGUCUUAGACCCAGCACUUCGUCGACCAGGGAGAUUUGAUCGUGUGGUUAUGGUGGAAACACCAGAUAGGACGGGAAGAGAAGCGAUUCUAAAAGUGCAUGUUUCCAAAAAGGAACUCCCUUUGGCAAAAGAUGUUUACCUUGGUGACAUUGCUUCUAUGACUACUGGCUUUACUGGGGCAGAUCUUGCAAAUUUGGUGAAUGAAGCUGCUUUAUUGGCCGGAAGACAAAGCAAGGUGGUUGUGGAAAAUAUUGAUUUCAUUCAAGCUGUGGAGAGAUCAAUAGCUAUGGCAUUGGUGCAUAGUGCCCUGACAUCCGUUGUGUGCAAGAAUGGCAAUCAUUCUUCUGCAGCAAAGUUCCCGAGUACUACCUUCUUGCCUGGUUUUGAUGCUGUCGGGCGUAUUUCAAGUCCAUACAAGAAGGAAAUAUGCCUCAAUGCCCUGAGCUCAGAUCCUAGAGCCACAUUAACCUUUGAUCCCCCAGCAACUAAUUCAGAGAAAGCCAAACCACCAAGGCACACAGUUGAUCCUGCUUCUCCUGAUUUUUUGCCUCUUCCAUCCUUUGAACAAUGUUUUCCAAAGAGCACAAAAGAACACAGGGAAGUUACUCAUGAAGAAACUGGUCAUAUGCUCAAAGUUCCCUUUCGACGAGUCCACUUGGCUGGCGAUGAACCAGCAUUUGACAACUAUGAUACCAGCGGUCCACAAAACAUUAGCCCACGCAUUGGACUACCUCAACUGCGGAAAGAUUGGAUUGAAAGGCGAGAUAAAUUUGGUGGACCAAGAUACACUCAGAUGUACUAUGCUAAGCAGGGAAUUAUAACUGAGGAAAUGUUGUACUGUGCCACUCGGGAGAAGCUUGAUCCAGAGUUUGUGAGAUCAGAAGUGGCUCGUGGGAGGGCAAUUAUCCCUUCUAAUAAGAAGCACUUGGAGCUGGAGCCAAUGAUUGUUGGAAGAAAGUUUCUGGUCAAAGUUAAUGCAAACAUUGGAAACUCUGCUGUUGCCAGCUCUAUUGAAGAGGAAGUUUACAAGGUCCAGUGGGCAACUAUGUGGGGUGCUGACACUGUUAUGGAUCUCUCUACAGGACGCCACAUACAUGAGACCCGUGAAUGGAUCCUACGUAACUCCCCUGUGCCAGUAGGGACUGUCCCCAUUUAUCAAGCACUUGAAAAAGUGAAUGGAAUUGCUGAAAAUCUCAACUGGGAAGUAUUCAGAGAAACUCUCAUUGAACAAGCUGAGCAGGGUGUAGAUUACUUCACCAUCCAUGCUGGGGUUCUACUACGGUACAUCCCAUUAACAGCAAAACGUAUGACAGGAAUUGUUUCACGAGGAGGAUCCAUUCAUGCAAAAUGGUGCUUAGCUUAUCACAAAGAGAAUUUUGCUUAUGAACAUUGGGAUGACAUACUUGCCAUCUGCAAUCAAUAUGAUGUAGCCCUGUCAAUAGGUGAUGGGCUGAGACCUGGUUCCAUUUAUGAUGCCAAUGACACUGCACAGUUUGCAGAGCUCUUAACUCAGGGAGAACUGACCCGUAGGGCAUGGGAAAAGGAUGUACAGGUAAUGAAUGAAGGACCUGGACACGUUCCAAUGCACAAGAUUCCUGAGAACAUGAAAAAACAGCUUGAAUGGUGUAAUGAAGCACCUUUCUACACUCUCGGUCCUUUAACAACUGAUAUUGCACCUGGAUAUGAUCACAUCACCUCUGCCAUUGGUGCUGCCAACAUUGGGGCUCUAGGCACUGCCCUUCUCUGUUAUGUAACCCCAAAAGAGCACCUUGGGUUGCCAAAUAGAGAUGAUGUGAAGGCUGGAGUUAUAGCAUAUAAGAUUGCUGCUCAUGCAGCUGAUCUAGCCAAAGGUCACCCACAUGCUCAAUCCUGGGAUGAUGCAUUGAGCAAGGCAAGAUUUGAGUUCCGGUGGAUGGACCAGUUUGCUUUGUCAUUAGACCCUAUGACUGCCAUGUCCUUCCAUGAUGAAACACUGCCAGCUGAUGGUGCCAAGGUGGCCCAUUUUUGCUCCAUGUGCGGUCCAAAGUUCUGUUCAAUGAAGAUAACAGAGGAUGUGAGGAAGUAUGCUGAAGAACAUGGCUAUGGGAGUGCUGAGGAAGCUGUGAUACGUGGAAUGGAUGCUAUGAGUGCUGAGUUUCUUGCUGCCAGGAAAACUGUCAGUGGGGAACAACAUGGUGAAAUUGGAGGGGAAAUUUACUUGCCAGAAAGUUAUGUAAAAUCCGCAGAGAGGUGAAGGAUCGCAUAAAUAACCAGAAGCGGUUUGACAACCCUGGAGGCUUUCGUCCACGAUUGGCUUGUCCGCAACGGAGAUCUUAGGUUUUCAUUUUCAUGCUAUGGUAUAAAACAUAGUUUGGUGUGUGAAAUACAUUUCAAGACUUUUGACAUAUCUAUCCUUUACCUUUUCCUGCUUGUGCUUGUGUUUCUCCGUAAUAAAAUGAUUUCUGUUCAUACUA